AUGGUCUUUGGCGGCAUUCCGGAGCAUGGCGUUCUGGAUUGCCAUGUCAAAAUAAAACAUGGUCCGGCGAAGCGUGGCGCCCAUUCGCCGUUUGUCAAACAGGACCGACACAGAUUCUUUGACACUGUUCGUCUACCUUCACUGCAGAAAAUUCUGGUGGCUAUGGGAGCUCCGCUGGGCCGUUUGGUUGAUGCAUUUUACCAUGCUUGCGGGCGGCGCUUCUGGGCUGGCAAAGCUGUGUCCCCCUGGACACACUCCGCAAAGAAGGGCCUGUUGCAAGGCUGCCCCCUUUCCCCAGUAUUGACUGCAUGUGUCAUGCAUUGCUGGGCGGCGCGUGUUCCCGCUGGUCAACUUGAGGUGGACACUCCUACAUACUGUGACGAUAGACUGCUUUGGCGCACAAACCCCGACAAGUCAUGUCUGGUCACUGCCAAACUCAGGUCCGAUCAGUUUGAUGCUGCCAGGGGAUUUUCCUGCCGGCCACGCAAACGUGCCAUCGCUGCGGCUUCAGCAUCGUUGGCUGUGGAGGCUGGUGUCGAUGGCUCGUCGACUUUGCACAUCCUGGGCGCAGCCUAUGACAUGCUGAACCAGUCUGGAGUGGCGCUCCCCGACUUGGACAUCUGGCGGCUUCGAUACUUGAUCCGGGCAACCUCGUUUGUUUCCAGAGACUGGCGCAUGCGCAAGAACCUCCUUAAGACCUUGGCGGUGUCUGUCUUUUCCUGGGCUGGUGGAACAGCAUCGUUGUCUGACUUGCAGCUUGACCUCUUGCUUAGUGAAGUUAAGGCGGCGCUGACUCGAGCGCUGCCCGCUGCGACGGUCCCCGUUGACAUCUUUGAGCUUGUGGGCUGGGAUGUUGAACCUGGCUUCGCCACAUCCUGGGCACACCUUUCUGCAGCUGUGAGUUAUAGGGCCAAGAGGCCGCGAUGGCAUGAUGACGCGCCGCUAGAUCUGGCUUUGGCCUCGUGGACUGUGGUCCUCCCCCGGAUGCGCUCCUUCGCUGUGGCCGAGUUGAACGUGGACUUCAUCGCAGCGCUGACGGACCUCAUCUUCUUGCGCAAGGCUUGGAGUUACCUCGCCCGCCGCCUGGUGGCCCUCUUUUCCAAGGUCAUCGACAAGCCAUUGCUCAGGCAGGAGCUGACAAGAACUUCGGUUGGCGUCUCCGGUCACUUCCAUCGCAGCCUCACUUGCUCUGGACUUGCCCGGAGACAGCUGCUCACCGCCGCGGCGUUCGUCCUCCUCCCGAUCGUGCCCAGGAACGUCUUGGUGCUGUGGUCCUGCCGUUCUACCCGGCCCCGCAGUGUGUGGAUGAUCGAAAAAAGUCUGCUUCGACUCCAUGAUGGGCUUCGUCGCUGCGUGGCCUCCGGUGCCGAGUCCAUACUGCUGGCUACGGAUGGUUCAUACCACGAGGGCACUGCUGCCUGGGCCAUAGUGCUCCCGUUGCUUGACCAGAAAUUUUCUGCAGGAGUGAGUGGAGAGGACCAAUCAGCGUUCAGGGCCGAGACUGCUGCGCUCGAAUGUGCCUUACAGGCGCACGACUGGCAGCGGUUUGCUCUUCGAGUGGGUGCCUUCGCAUGGGAAGACUCCUCGCAGACCAUGGGCGCCCAGGUUUGGCGGUUCUUCGUGCUUGGAACCACAUGGCUGAUUGCGAAGUCCGUGAGUGUGUUCGUCGUCUUGCUCAAGACAUCGCCAAGACAGGUUUGGCGUCGGCUGGCUCGAGAUGCUGCCGAGUGGGAGCUGGCGGUCUGCAGGUCUGCUGCUGCCACGGGCGCAGCGGUCAGGCCUGUUUUGACCAGAUAA